GGUGCGUGCCAGUGUUCUACCCCGGCCUGAACGGCUCCCGGUGCUACCGCAUCCCCACCGUCAUCAGGACACACGAGGGCACCCUGCUGGCGUUCGCGGAGAACCGCAUUGACGGCUGCGAGGACAAUGGACCGCACCACCAGCUGGUGCUGCGCCGCAGCUCCGACCUGGGUAGGACGUGGGGGCCCCUGAUCCUGGUGGCGGAUGGGCGCCAGCCGUGCGCGGUGUGCCCGGCGGCGAUCUCGAACCCCAACCCCGUGGAGGUUCUCCUCGAGAACGGGUCCAGGGCUGUGCUGCUGCACUACGACACGCUGAACAACCCGCGCCGGGCGGCGCACGGCCUCGACAUGCAGACCUGGAGCCUCGACGACGGGCGCACGUGGCAUGGCGGCGAGGUGCUGUCGUAUCCGCCCGAGCAGAACGACGGGUCCCUGAUUGGGCCCUCGGUCGGCCUGCAGGAUGCGAGGGGAGUCAUCUUCUUCUCCGCUAACAGGGUCGACGGCAGUGGACACUUUCUCUACCACUCCGCUGAUCGAGGCAGGAGCUGGGUCGCGUCCGCGCCGAUCCCGGUCAGCGGCGAGUGCUCCAUCGCCUUCCUGGUCGGCCCGCUGGACGGGCGUCUCCUCGUCAACUGCCGCACCGGCCGCGGCCAGCGCGCGCAGGUGGUGAUGUCAGCGAACGGCACAUCUGCCGGCGAAGCACGGGGGCGGAUUCUGGCCCCCUGA